AUGACACCGGAGUGUUCGCUCCAGGCCGACAGCAGUUUCGGCCCUGUGAUAGCCCACGGGUGUCGUAAUGGCUUUGAUUUCACGUUAUUAUUCGAGCAAUCCAUAUUUGGCCUCAUCCCUGCGGUCGCAUUUCUCCUCGUGUGUCCUCUUCGAUUGCAAAUUCUAGUUAAGCGAGAUGUGCGGACUAAGCCUCACAUAAUGAGAUUAGCAAAACUGGUAACUGCCUUGGUGUUUGCCGCGAUUCAACUUGCGCUGCUCAUCAGCUGGGCAAAGAAAACUCAUCCUAUUACGAAGCUCUCUGUGACAUUGAGUGCCAUAAAUUUGGUAGUGGCAAUGGAAGUUUUGGUCUUGUCAUGGGUGGAAGAUGAGCGAUCAGUUAGACCUUCAUCACUCCUCGCUAUCUACCUUCUCUUCACAUUACUCUUCGAUAUUGUACAGACAAGGACUCUAUGGUUAUCCAACGGGAAUCUCCUGGUUCCUAGUCUCUUUACUGCAAAUGUCACUGUAAAAGCGGCAAUGCUGCUUUUUGAGAGCUUAGGGAAGCAGAAACACCUCAUUGGUUCCUAUCAAGAUCUUCCACCAGAAUCGACAAGCGGAAUCGUCAAUCAAUCAUUCAUGUGGUGGCUAAACCGUCUGUUUUCAACGGGCUUUUGCUCUUUACUUACCAUCGACGAUCUCGAUCAUCUCGACAAGCCCCUGGAGUCCGCAGGAACAGCGCGGCAGGCCGCGAAAGCUUGGGCUCUACGCCGUCAUCCCGAGCGCCGCUUCGAAUUCCCAUGGCAAAUAGGCCAAGCAUUUAAGGGAACCCUUGCUCUGAUGGUAAUUCCACGCCUAUUCCUAAUCGGAUUUACCUUCUCACAACCCUUCUUGAUCGCAUCUGUUCUCAACUGGCUUGAUGACCCACAUAGCGAGAGCAAUGCGGGCUACGGCCUCAUCGGCGCCGCACUUCUAAUAUAUUUGGGGAUGGCCCUCUCAAACCUCAUAUACGACCAGAUGUUGUAUCGGUUUGUGACAAUGUUUCGAGGGGCAGCCUCGUCGAUGAUCUACGAGCAUGCCUUGGACAUCCCUGAUGGUACCCUAGAGGAUCGUUCUGCCACAAUUACUCUAAUGACUACUGACGUUGACCGGAUCAUCGACUGCCUAGUCACUCUGAAUGAAUUCUGGGCGCGGACGAUUGAAGUGGGUAUUGGCAUUGCACUACUCGCGCUUCGGCUAGGGUGGGUUUGCCUGAUGCCAUUAGUUAUUGUUCUCAUAUCUAGUGGAGGAAGCAUUUAUAUCUCGAAGCAUAUAGGAGGAUACCAGAAAAUAUGGGUGGAUGCCGUGCAGCAACGCAUAGCAAUCACCCGUUCAAUGCUGGACAGUAUCCAAACAGUCAAAGCCACUGGAUUAGGUCAAACCUUUAUCCAGCUCGUGCAGAGGAAAAGAGUUCAUGAAACUCGUCAAAUGGCCAAAUACCGAUGGAGUGUGGUCUGGAAGAAUAUGAUCCACAAUCUGCCUUGGGCCUUGGCGCCAGCCUUGACCUUCGUCGUCUACGCUGCCCAGGGAAACGAACUAAAUCCUACCAAGGCGUUCAGCAGUCUGUCCAUCAUAACUCUUCUAACCAAUCCAGCUUCUAAGCUAUUAAGCGCGAUUCCUUCCAUAGCGGCUGCGACGGGAUGUUUCGAUAGAGUUCAGGCAUUUCUUCUGCUGCCAACUGGUCCUCAACACGCAGCGAAGGGAUUUGUUCUCACGAGGGAAACGGAGGUGGAUGGAUCUCCGCAUAUCACCGAAAUGAAAUAUAUGACUUCCAGGGGCUCACCAGACACUACUGAUCUUCAAAAACCAGUCAUCUCCAUGGAACAUCUCGACAUUCGGCCAUCCCCAUCGGCAAAAAUUGUCUUGAAAGAUGUUAAUUUUGAAGUCCCUCUCGGGGCGAUGGUUAUCAUCCAAGGGCCAGUUGGAUCUGGCAAAUCGACCCUGCUUCGGGCUAUACUUGGCCAAGCAGUUUGCGAGACAGGAUUCGCGACUGUGACUAUUCGACAACCGGCCUUCUGUGCGCAAACGCCGUGGCUCCCAACUGGCCCCAUCCGCGAUGCAAUCUGCGGAGGUUUCUCAGCGGGCCCAGUGAAGGAGGAUGCAUUUGAUAAAGAUUGGUACGCGACUAUUCUUCACGCAUGUGCUCUCAAUUCGGACUUGGAUAUGCUUCCAGAAGGAGACGCUACGCGAAUUGGUCACGGAUCUGGCCAUAGUCUGAGCGGUGGUCAAAUGCAUCGUAUUGCUCUUGCUCGAGCAGUAUAUGCUCGCAGGAAGCUUUUGCUGUUAGAUGACAUAUUCAGUGCAUUGGAUCGGAAAACAAAGACUACUAUCAUAGCGCGUCUUUUGGGAGUUGGUGGACUGCUCCGAAAGGCAAAUUCGACCGUAGUUUUGGUCACACAUGAUAGUAGGACACCCUCAGAUGUUUUCUUUUGUUAUAUAUUACGAGCUAACACAUUAGCAGCGGAGCAGCUGCCUUGUGCGGAUCAGCUUUAUGUUCUUUCAGAUGGGCGUCUUCGUCUGGAAGAGCCUCGCGAGGGGAAUUUAUACCAAGAAAUGGGAUCUGACACCGUGGAUGCUGGGGAGUUGACAAAAAUCCCAGAGCUGGCGACAGAGGAUAAAGCCGCCAUGGUUUCAGACGCGAAUGAAAUCGACGACCUCAGGAGGGCAGCAGGGGACUCUGCUGUUUACAAGUAUUAUUCGCGCUACGUUGGGUGGAUGAACGCUAUGAUAUUUGUCUUAUUCGUGACAAUGAAUGUCUUUGCUAGCACAUACAGUGAAAUAUGGCUUCAGCGAUGGGCUGAUCGCGGCGGAGGGCAAAAGACACUCUAUGUCACGAUCUACUUCUUCCUAGCCAUUUGCAACACCAUCGGAAAUGGUGGUUAUGUUUGGGCUAUCCUCAUUCUGAUCUCGCCCUCAACGGGGCGCCGACUUCAUUAUGCCGUGCUGAACACUGUCAUGAUGUACAUUCGGUUCUCCUUUCUUGUGCCUCUGGCAACGCCUCAAUAUCUAGCCACCGUUGACAUCGGGUCAAUACUAAACCGAUUUAGCCAGGAUAUGACCCUGGUAGAAAGCGAUUUGCCUAUUGUAAGACACCUGCCAUUACACUCUGCCUCUAGAAAGAUUCUCUCGUCACUUUCGCCCGCCCAAUUAUCGAAAUUAUUGCUGAACAAUCCAGAUCUCUUUUCGUCAGUUGCCAGCGCUGCACUAAUUGCGACCGGGUCGAAGUACAUGGCAAUAUCUGUGCCUUUCUUGAUCAUCUCUGUCUAUCUCUUGCAGCAUUUUUAUUUGAAGACAUCACGGCAACUUCGACUACUAGACCUAGAAAGCAGAAGUCCGUUGUACUCCCAUCUUCUUGAUACUGUUGGGGGUCUUGCUACAAUUCAAGCCUUCGGCUGGGAAGCAGACUUCCGAAUCGCCAAUUCAACAUUGUUGGAUGCUACCCAGCGCACGUAUUAUAUGCUUAAUUGCAUUCAGCGCUGGCUUACUUUAGUCUUGGACCUCAUCGUCGCCGCUGAAGCGGUCAUUGUUAUCAGCUUAGCAGUGUCUUUGAGACAUACUACAAGUGCCGGAUUGCUUGGAGUAUCGCUCAAUAGCAUUCUCGCCUUCAAUGGUAGCCUUUCAUCCCUUAUAUCGGGUUGGACACAAUUGGAGAUAUCCCUUGGCUCAAUUUUACGGGUCAAGGAUUUUGAACUCACAGUGCCACGUGAAAUUACAACUGAGCAAGAAAUUCCCGUCGGCUGGCCAGUUCACGGGGCUAUUGAAAUCUCUGGGAUGGCUGCGCAGUACAAUUCUGAGACAACAGUACUAAGAAAUGUCUCUCUGAAAUGUUUGCCAGGUCAGAAAGUCGGUAUCUACGGACGUACUGGGAGUGGAAAGAGUUCUUUACUGUCAACAUUAUUGGGGAUGCUCACCGUGACCACCGGCUCAAUUGUCAUCGACAACAUUGACCUCGCCACUCUUCCCCAUGAUAAAGUCCGCGAAAAGCUUGUCACCAUUUCCCAAACACCAUUCGUCAUGGUCGGUUGUACAGUCAGAUUUAAUGUAGAUCCCACCGAAAGCCUCCCCGACACAGGCAUAAUCGCGGCUCUCGACCGGGUUGGACUCUGGGGUGGCGUGCUACUCGAGAGGGGCGGGCUAGAUGCCGAAAUAAACGACACUCUAUCGCUAUCUCGAGGCGAGCAGCAACUGCUACAACUUGCUCGUGCAAUGCUCAAGAUACAAGCAACCAACGCUAAGAUCUUGUUGAUUGAUGAGGGCACCAGUAGCGUUGACGUGAAAACUAACGCUCGUGUUCAAGACCUUCUACAACAGGAUCCCUUUCGUACAUGCACAGUUCUUACAGUUGCACAUCGGGUCCACACUCUUUUGACUUGUGAUCUAGUUGUCGGUCUAGAUCGGGGGAAGGUAGUAGAGAUGGAUGAGCCUAUGGUUCUGAGAAAUCGAAAAGAUAGCAUUUUUAGCAGCCUUCUCAACGGCGGCAGAAAUUAG